AUUUCCAUUGUUGUAGCGAAGGUGAGUCGCAUAUAAGAUUUGACAUAACUUAAUAGACUGACUCUGUAUAGGUACAGAAAAAACACCUGAUUCUACUUAAGUUCGCAAAUGCAUGGCCAAUCCAUGCCUGGAUCCAGCAAUACCUCCACAACCAUAACAACGACCGAAAAAAUCGACUGUGUAAUGUAACUGUCAUAAGUAUUUCCGUAGUCGACCCCUUUCAUGAAUGCACUGACUGUACCUGUGCAGUCCCAGGAUUGUGACAGCAGGGAGGACACAGACGACAAUGAAUGGGAUGAAGACGACAAUGAACAGGAUGAAGAUGACAAUGAACAGGACGAGGACGACAAUGAACAGGACGAGGACAAUAAUGAAUGGGACGCGGACGCGGACGAUGAUGCAGAUGAGGACACCAAUGUGGAUGCAGACAAUGACAAUGAUGCGGACGAGGACACGGAUCAGGACCAGGACCAGGACCAGGACGAACAGGACCAGGACGAACAGGACCAGGACCAGGACAAAGACCACGAGGAUGAGGACGGGGAUGAAGACCAGGAUGAAGAUGGGGAUGAAACCCUGACUAAUGAUGGUGUUCAGGAUGAGGGCACAGCCAACAGGGAGGCCAGCAACCAGGAAGGCCACGAGCAGGUGGCGAUCAACCCAGCCAACAAGCAUGUUCCUCCCCGCUUACUCAACCUAUCGAGGAAGCGAAAGAUGGUCAUGUCAUCAGAUGAAGAAACCGAACCUAUUCAACCCCCACCUCAGAAGAAGCAGGCGACCAUACCCACUGCUGACGAGGACCUCCCAACCAUCUGUCCGAGUGAUGGGUGCAACGACAUUGUGCCCUCACAUCCUUCGGGAAUGGUCCUUGUGAAGUACAAAGCAUAUCGACACUGCUUGCAGAUGCCAGGUGGCGAAUUCACACGCCAGACACUCAAGCUCGAGUUGGAGCUCUGCGCUGCCAUCCAGAGCGACCUGCGGCGCGAAAGGUACAUUCAAAGUGCUUACGAUAACAGAUGGCUAUCCGAGAUCAAUUACUUCACCAUACAUCACUCUGUUUUGAAGCUCGAACCUGAUCUCCGUCGACUGAUCUUUGAUAAAGCCACGAAGGAAGACUGCUUUGUUUACCAGACUCUUCUUACCGAUCUACUCGAACAGGGCUACGGAGUUGAGCUUGACAGACGACUGGCUUUUCUUGCACACCUGAAGAUAUUUGAUGUCGGACGCCCAAUUUUCAACAAGGCACGGCCUGGAUACUAUGGUCCGAAAGGCAGUGCAGUCCUUCACGCAACCAUCAACCAGCUAUUUGACCCACAGGAAGGAAUACCUACUGAUGCCUUCGCCCCACUAUCAUAUGAACAAUAUACGUAUUUCAUCCUCAUCUCCUACAUAGCCAGCCAACUCAUUGCAGACGAUCGGAGGUUUGUUGAUGAUCAGCCGUGCACACUUCAGCAAGCAUUCAAACUCAUGGUGGCCAGCACGGAUGCUGGUGACGCACUCCAGGGCAUCGACGAGGAAGGGAAGGAUGAGCGAUUUGAUGACAUCCUUAUGAAGAUUAUGUUGAAACAGGUGACGGAGUUGGACUAUCUGCCAGCAGUGUUGCAGCCAACAGCCCUGGCGCCUCAGCAGGAGAAAGGACGAAAAAAGGCGAACAGGAAGGGUACAGUCACAGCUGAUUCUGCCCGCCGGCGAAGUACCCGCCUGACUUUGUCCCAGCGUUAACAGAAUUUGUGGUGUCACUCUGCUGUGCUUGUGCUCUCGAACCUCGCCGGCGUCCCCGUUUCUAUACUAGUUGCAAUUAAUAGAGCUUCGCUUUAAGUUCAUUAACU